UUCCCCUUCCUCCACCCCGGUCCCGGGGCCGUCUCUCCCUUCCCUUCUCUCCGCUCCGCUCUCCCCGCGGCGGCGACGUGUUGCCGUGCGGGCGGUGUCGGUGUCGCAGCCAUGUGGGUGGCGGCGCUGGCGGCGCUGCUGGCGGCGGCCGGGGCGCAGUAUGAGCGCUACAGCUUCCGCAGCUUCCCACGGGACGAGCUGAUGCCGCUGGAGUCGGCCUACCGCUACGGGCUGGACCAGUACAGCACGGAGAACUGGCCCGAGAGCGUCAGCUACCUGGAGGUCAGCAUGCGGCUGUACCGCCUGCUUCGCGACAGCGAGGCGUUCUGCCACCGCAACUGCAGCGCCGCCGGGCAGCCGCCGCCCGCGUCCCCCGCAUCCUCGGGCGCCGGGGCGGCGCUGGCGGAGCUGCGGCUCCUGGCCGGGGUGCUUCGGCGGGCGCAGUGCCUGCGGCGCUGCAAGCAGGGGCUGCCCGCCUUCCGACAGGCACAGCCCGGCCGCGACCUCCUCGAGGACUUCCAGCGCCGCGAGCCCUACAAGUACCUGCAGUUCGCCUACUUCAAGGCUAAUAAUCUUCCAAAAGCUAUUGCAGCAGCUCACACAUUUCUUCUGAAGCAUCCAGAUGAUGAAAUGAUGCAAAGAAAUAUGGCCUACUAUAAGAGCAUACCUGAUGCUGAGGAGCAUAUUAAAGACUUGGAGAUAAAGCCUUAUGAGAAUCUCUUUGUCAGGGCUGUGAGAGCGUAUAAUGGUGACAACUGGAGAACAUCCAUCUCGGACAUGGAACUGGCUCUUCCUGAUUUCUUCAAAGCCUAUGAUGACUGUAUUGCAGCCUGUGAAGGCUCUCGAGAGAUCACAGACUUUAAAGACUUCUAUCUUUCCGUUGCAGAUCAUUAUAUUGAAGUCCUUGCAUGCAAAGUGCAGUGUGAGAGUAAUCUGACGCCCGUUAUAGGAGGCUUUGUUGUUGAAAAGUUUGUGGCCACCAUGUACCAUUACUUGCAGUUUGCGUAUUAUAAAUUGAAUGACAUGAAGAAUGCAGCUUCUUGUGCUGCUAGUUACCUUCUGUUUGAUGAGAAAGAUGAAGUAAUGAAACAGAACAUGGUGUAUUACCAGUACCAUAAAGACAAAUGGGGACUUAAAGAAGAGGAUUUUCAGCCCAGAUCGGAGGCAGUUCGAUACCACAAAAUAACCACACUUCAGCUGGAAAUGUAUGAAUUUGCGAAGGAACAUCUGAUGGAUGAUGAUGAGGAACCUUCCAGGGAUUCCAGACAGAGCAGGAAUAGCACAAAGGUAAAACUGCUACCUUGCAGUUUCUGCUCUAUGGACAGGACCUGGUAGUGUAACUGGAAUUUUUCUUUUUUCUAAUAUUUCUUCUGGCACAGAUAGAAAAACUUGUUCCAUAGGAAUGUUGAAAACUGAUGAAAAACCCAGAUAAGGCAUUACAGUAAAAACUUUAUUAAAAAUUGUUAAGGAUGGAGGCAAUCUCUCUUGGAAGUGCACUCUGUUUAUUUAAACCAUGUGCUUCUUGGGCCAUAGGCCAUAACUUCUGUGAGUUUCUGUGGUCCAUGUUUGCUGUCUGUGAAGUUGCUUGUGGGCCAACAAGCUCAUAAGAUAAUCUGCAGAAAAAAACCCUCUUUUUUCCUUGACUGAAGUAAAAGGAUUGAUGUGGACAGAGAUAUCUUCCUAUGUGAGUGUCAUUAUUUUCAAGUGGAGAAUCUCAUUUUAUUCAGACUUCUCAGUGCUCCUGUAUCUCAGGUCAUCCAUGUGUCUUUUCAUAUACCAUUAGCAAAGCGAGUGAGAACAUUUGACUUCUUCUGUAAUACAUAGCAGUAAUUGCAGAGGCUGGAACAGGCAGUAAUGAUUUUUGCAUAUGUUACUACAAGAAAUACUGUCCUACUCCUCUUACUUUAUUAAUGUUUUUCUACAAGGAAAUGAAAAACUCUAAUUCAAACAUUUAACACAGAAGAGGUGACAGAGAAUAUUAACGCCAACUACCUACAAAUUACUUUUAAGAAAAAGUAAUUAUUCUUAAAUAUCCUUGCAGUUUUCCACAGGGAAGUUAAAAGAACGUUAUGGUGUUGUCAUCUUAGUUGGCCAUGGAUAGAUGAGCUUUUUGAUUUCUAUUCAGAUGUGUAAUACAUAAAGGCUGUCAUGGAUACAACUCCUAGUAUUGCAGAUUUAAAUAGCAAACUGAGCUAUUAAGAGCCAGACACUCAGCUAGUGUAGAUAUAACUUCAGCACUACACUAAUUGUAUGAGACAUAUUUUUGGCACAUAAAAUCAGUGUUCUUGAGGAAUUUUUUUGGGGGGGAUAGCUACUUAGCUGUUCUAAAUUACAUAAGAACCACAAGUAUUUGGCUGGGAUGAUCCUACAAGGUGAUUUUUCUUUCAGUACUUAAUCAGUAGGUGAAAAGAUGUUGGCAGCUUUGACCCACUUUUUUUGGCAUCUUGUUCUUUUUAUUUGUGUAUAAUGUCUGUGUCCACUUGAAUAGUGGCUGAAACUAGAAUGCUCCAUUCCUAAGUGUGAUGCAAAAAAGAAUAAGUAUUGAACUAAUGUGACUGGUGGAAAGAGGACAUAUGGAAUAGCAUCAAAGCACAAGGGCCCAGUGGACUACUGAUAGUAAAUCUGAAUUCAGCCUAUUUUUCUGUUUGGGAAUUGCUAACAAUAUAUUUCCAGCUUUAUUGACUCCCUCUUUGCAUAUGUUCAAAUGAUUUAUACAAGUGUGCUGUAUAUACAGCAAGUUAUAAGUCCAGACAUGUAAACCCUGCCCUGCCUGUGACCUCAAAAAGCUGCACUAGCACCGCUAUGCUGAGAAGAGCUGGUGGCAGCUGUUUCAGAGAGAGUUGGCAGCUAACUGGCAGUGUUAUGGUCCCUGUUAAACAUAUGCUUCCUCAAAGAAGAAAGAAAAAGAGAUUUUUUUUUUCCCAUCAUGAUUUCCCAGUGGAGGUUCUUCCCAUGUGGCUGGCUCUCCAUGACCUUCCUGCUUUCUCCUCUUGCUUCUGCACCACUGGAUGUGUGUCUUAGUCAAAGAUGUUCUUCCUUCCAUUUAAAUGACCUACCAUGGGAAGCUGCCAGCGUAGUUGGGCUUAAGUGGCAGUAUGUGCCCAAGUUGCAGGUACUGGCAUUGGGAGGAAUUUCUGCUGCCCAGAUCUUCUUUAGGCUCUCUGUGUAGCAUAAAGCAGGCAAGAGAGCAUAAGUAGAUCUCAGAAACAAAGCCACUAGAAGGCUUGUUUUCAGUGCAAUCGGAGCAAUGUUGAAAUUGCUCUGAAACUGAGUUGACUCAUGUUUUAUAGGCAUUAUAAAUACGUUAAAAGGAAAGCAUAUUUAUUGAUUUACUGCAAAAUACUAUUGUAAUAACUGCAAUGUACUGUAAUCCCCCAUGGUAUAUUGGAAAAGAACAGUUAAGUGUUCAGAAUAUAUCAUUGAAAUGAAAUGGAAAAAUAUUUGAGAAACUAGAUAACAUACAUAUAAAAAACAACUAAGCUCUCUUAAUGUUGAAAAAAAAAGCCCUAAAAGCAUGUGACAGUGGGUCAUACUGUGGACUAAGUAUCUGAAAAAUAAACAAGUUAAGGACCAAAUAAUUUUUCUGCACAAGAAAUUGAGGGAUUUUCUUUUUUUUUCCCCUGCUAGAAUGCAAAGAGUGUCCAGACUGGUCUGUACAGCUCAUGGAGGUUCUGGGAGGGCUUUGCGGUGGUUAUAGUGAACUCUCAUGUUUUAACUGAAGGUUAGAUCAAGGAACUUUCUCUUGGUUGAAGGCUGAAUAAACCUUUCAGGCUGAGCCACUCAUUAACGCAUGCCUUACUGUUACCCCGAUAUAACGUUUUCCCCCUUCAAAAUGUUGCUGGCCAGUGAGCUGUGUGGUGUAUACUUGCUGGCUCUAUCAGGUUCAUGGAGUCAAAUCCUCCACAGUCGUUCGUAUCAAACCUUUUUCUUCACUCUUGCAAGAUAAUUAAUUGUUCUAGAAUGAAAUCCACUGGUUUUCGUAACAGCUCCUUGUGACUACUCCCGUUAGUACCUCAAAUUAGUUACUAGAGCAAUUACAGGAUAAUUACUCAUUAGUUAUAGGGCACCCUUGACCUCUCCUCACAGAGACCACUUGUGCAACCCUUCCCACUACCAUAACCUGGCCACCUACACCCAGUACAUAAGGAAAUCAAAUCUGUUGCUCUCACUGUUAAACAAGUUUCCAAUCAUUAAGAUCUUCAAACUUUAGCAAAAUUUGAAUUUUUGUUGUGAAGGGCAACUGGGGAACAUUUAUGUGGGAUAAAUAUUUUCCUUCUAGGUCAUAGAUUAUAAGGAAACAAAGAUCCAGCCAGUUCUUCUUGCUCUGUGUAUUGUCUCUUAAGGCUUGGUUUGUUGGAUGAGUUAGAAUAAAGGCCAUUUCUUAUCCAUUCACAGGUAAUCACACAUAAAAGCACGUCCAGGAUAACAUUUUUCUAUAGAUCUUAAUUCAUUCUAGUACACUAUCUUUUUUAUAUUCUCUGUUGCUUCCCUGAACAACAGGCUAUCCCGCUGCAGUGCAUACAGAAUCCCUAUAGAAAAGGCCAUCAGCAGAUUUGCAUAGAAAGUAUGGGUUAUUUUUUCCUGUAACUUUUCCGGUCCACACUGAGAAAGGACAGAACAAGAUUGUAGGUGCAGGCAAGGACCUGUGAAUGAUUAAUAUUUGCAUUUGCAGACGGCAAUGCUUAGUCUUUGCAAGGAAUGGUAAAGUGUCUGGGUCUGUCAGUGAGCAAUGCAGAUGCUGCUGCUGGCUGCUGUUUUUAAAUGCUGCUGUCGAAAGAAAAGUUGGGGCUGGACCAUCGGUCUCAAGUGUGCCAUAACUGAGCCAUGUAUUGGUAGCUUUUCUUCUUUGCUGUUUAUUUUAAUAGCUGGCUAGGAGUCUCCAAAGUACAGAUGUUUCUUCUAAAAGGUUGUGUUUUGUGUGUGUGAAUGCAGCAUUUAACAUUGCAUAAGGAAUGGCCUGGCCCAAUAUGUACCUUGGUCUUGGACAUUCAGGUUCAGGUACUAGGUGGGGAGUUUUGCAUUCUUCUCUUUUUUAGGCCUUUUUUUUUUUUUCCAACUGCUCUAGCUUCACUUAUAAUAGUGUCCCAAUCUCAAUAGCCUGGGUUAGCUUAUUCAGAAUUAACCAAGAACUCUGUUUUAAAAUUAAUUUUUAUUAUAAUCCACUUAUUCACAUAUCCUCUGUGAAACCUUCUUGAAUUAAUUACUGUGCCACAAAACUUGUUCGUUCUGUCCAGUGCCUCUGUUGAGUUGUUAAUCUAAGCCAAGGAUGCUCAAAUUGCAUAUGUGACAGAUGAUUAGAGGCUCCAGUUGGUCAGAUCAGUUUCUCUGAUUCUUUGAACCACUCACACUGGUCUGGAAACAUUCUCCUUUUUCUGUUCGAUAUCACACCUCCCAUAUUUCAGGCUAUAUCUGUUCCAUCUUUUUACCAUACACCCUUGCUCUGUCAGUCCCACUUUCCACUGACUGUCCCUGGAGAGGGAAGAGGUUGGUAGCACAGGGA